UUUUAUCGUGACGUCAGAGGGUGCUUCCUCAGUGGCGCCCCCUGGCGGGGAACGCGUGCAAAAAGUCCAGCUCUUAGGCAUGUCCCAAAAAUGGCGUCGGAUGGUGACGCGAUGAGCGAUGAUACGUCUUGGACACUGGAGCUGGAGGCGGCCCUGCUCAGUGUCCCAGAGGGGGUCGAUGUGCGAGGUAUCGCCAAAUGCCGUCCCCUGCCGGACGAUCUGCGAGCCUCCGCCUGGCUGGCCUGCCUGGACAUCCAGCAGGAUGUCGAUGAUGGUCUCAUGACCUUCACCAACAUCUACGACCUGCCGGAGCAGCAGAUGAUGCGGGAGGACAUCCAGCAACUUGUUGACCGGCUGGGUAACGACGAGGGUGACCGCGUGUCGGUCAUGUCGGACGUGGAGUCAGUACUCACCCACUACUGCAAGUCGCAGCGGGACACUUACCGACGCGGUAACGGCUGGAUGGACAUACUGCAGCCCCUGGUGCCCCUGAAGCUGAACAAACCAGAGCUGUAUUUCACGUUCACAAACAUACUACAGCGGUACAUACCAAAGAACUGCACCAAGGACGGCGACCCGUACCACCUGCUGCGGCUGCUGCUGCUCUACCACGAGCCGGAGCUCUGCAACUUCCUCGAUACGAUGAAGGUGGCGCCCGACAGCUUCGCAACCACAUGGCUGAACAGCCUAUUCGCGGCCACCUGUGACCUGAAGGCGCUGCGGGUCAUGUGGGACAUCUACUUCCAGAUGGACGACCCCUUCCUCAUAUUCUUCCUCAGUCUGGUCAUCCUCGUCAACGCCAAGGACCAGAUUCUGGAGCUGAAGGGCAAGCCUCGCGCUCAGAUCGUCUCCACAGUGGCCUCCCUGCCCUGCUUCAUCCAGGCGGAUGACGUGCCAGACUUCUGCGAGCUGGCCAACUUCUACUCCAUGAGGACGCCGAAGUCGUUCAGACGGAAGCUGUACCCGUCGCUGUUCGGGGUGUGCGCGCCGCACCUCUCGUCCCUGCUCACCCCGACCGUACCGCUGGCUCAGUCUCUCUGUCUGCCCGUCUACGCCGACGAGAUCCUCUCCAGUAUGGAUAGCAGGGACGCACCUGAUGUACUGCCGGAGACUGAACUGGUGAAGUUCUUCCUGGUGGACUGCCGGCCGGCCGACCAGUAUAACGCCGGUCACCUGCCCACCGCGUUCCACCUCGACUGCACGCUGAUGCUGUAUGAACCCGCCGCGUUCGGGACCGCCGUGUCGGCUCUGCUCAGUGCACAGCGUCAGGCGACGGCGGCGCAGCAUUCGGCGGCCGGGGAACACCUGUGCUUCAUUGGAUCAGGUCGGGAGAAGGAGGACCAGUUUCUACACAUGGUGGUUGCCUCCUUCCUUCAAAAACGCUCCCUCUAUGUCAGCAAGGUCGAAGGAGGCUAUCAGGCGGUGCACGACAUGCUCUCUGAGAACCUCUCGGCUCUGACGGACCACAGCGCGCGCCACUGCGUGGUCUGUACCCCAGACGAGGCACCCGCCGGCGCUGGACCCGGAGGUGACCGGCCGGACGCGCCUCAACCUCAGCCCGCUGCCGGCACCAAGGUCUCACUAAUCGACCGCCUGAACGCGCGCUGGAAGAUGAAGGGUCAGCAGGUGAAGGAAAAGCUGGUUGAUAUUAUCACGAACGCAGCUAUGGAACAGCAGACGGAACGGCAUGUCAGCAGCCAGGACAAGGGCAAGCGGUACCGCAACAUGGCGCCCGUCUUCUCACUGGAUGAUGACGAGGAUGGACCAGGGAGUGACGAGGAGCUGACGAUGCCAGUCGAGACCACCAUGGAGCUGGUGGAAAUCGCCGACUACAUGCGGAAACCGGAGCUGCUCGAACACUUCAAGUGCCAACACAUCAAGGAGAACAAGCAGGCACAUCCCAGCUUACUUCUGGUGACACCUACCCAGCUGCUGGUCUUGCGAGAGGUGCCCGACAAGCCCGGCUGGGCGCGACUGGCCGCCCGGCGCUCACUCACCUCCGUCGUCACAAUCACCAGCAAGAAGAAACGACCGGAGUUAAUUACCUUUAAAUAUGGCGUCAAUGACGGCGACGGCAUGACCAUCACGGACUUGGACAGGUUCUACAUCCCCCGCGCCGGUGAGGCGACCAAGGCGGUGAAGAUGGCUAUUAUCCGUCUAUCCGACGACACCCUGGGCCAACCUUCUGACGGGCCACCUGGUAAAACCAGACAGCGAGAGGCAGGCGAGCCAAUGGAGGCGGGAGAGAGUGCUGAGGCGGCGGCAGAGGGGGCGGAGGGUGCCAGCGAGUCGGCGCCACCAGCAGAGGCGGCUGCACAAGAGGCGUGACCGGAGCGAGCCGAACGCGAGGCAAGUCCGUGACCAUUUUCCAGUAACGUGUGGCUACCUUAAGCACGUUAAACACGUUCCAGUAACGUCGGUCCAGUUGAAGACACGUGCGGUGAUUGGUCCAGCGUGCAGCCACGCCAGGCGGUGUCAGUUGUGAGCAGUGUUAGACGUGGUACCGACCGACGUAGCAUCCCCCUUGUAACCAGUGAAACGAAGGCCGUUUUUGUCUAGUGAUUUGAUGAAGACAGGAGACCUGCCGACGCGUGAAGCCGCUUCAUCCUCCGCGAGCAUAGCCGCGAUCCUAGAACGCCUGAAGGCUGGAGCGAUUAUGAGAAAGCGGCGACACCGGCAAAAAUCGUGCUGUGUGAGAACGCAUUGGCUGUUGCCCGGGUCGUGAUAGCCGCGAGCCCGCGAGUCGCAGCUCCUGCCGUGCUGGCUUGCUGUGGUGGUGCGCUUGGUUGUGGACAGACUGAAGCUGUGAGGAUUCUGUGUGCUGUGCGGUUGGAAUCAUGAUGAAUUUGCAUAGUGUGAUGGAUGAACUAUUAUAGACAUUCCCAACAGAUUGGUGAGUGUUCUUAGUCCUCGUUGGGUAAAAGUCACAUUAGCUAGCCGCUUGGAUUGAUGCAGAAUGCCUUAUCAUUAUCCAAGAUUGAGCUGAUAAUCAUUAGCGACCGUAGUUGGUCAGUGGGGUGAUGACAUAAUAUCAUCAGCUUUGGUUUCUUGUAAAUGUGUCGUUAAUUUAUUUAAUUUAAUAUCUAUUCACAUAAUUAUCGUCGGACUCGGCAGGAUAUAUCAAGGUUUGCAUCUUAUCUGAUAUAUUAUCCAUGCUUGAUUUUCAAACAGGAUUCAUUUAUGUUUAUCAAAUGCUGGAUUAGUACGUGGAUUGGCUAUAAGCUAAGAAGCCAUGUGCCCGAAGGUAUAUAUCGGACAGCUUUUGGCGAAGUAGUGAGGUUGUCUUGCCGCAGUAGGCCCAUGCUCAUGUGUAGUACGCAGUGUCAAAUUAUCCCAGCGAUGCCGAUCUGUGUAUAUUGUGAGAUACAAUGUGAAGUGGAUGUUUAUCUUUCGUCAGAAUCAGUGGCGAGAAAAGUGACCCCUGUGUGAGAUCCGAUCCGCUGCGGGCUAGCUUGUUUCUAGUCAGUCGGUCGGAAGAGGGCUGAUUAUUGAGUGACUGGUGAAAAAUAUGACUUGUGACGUCAUGUGUGAACCUGUGACGUCAGCUCUGUCCAUGGUAGAGACCCCAGAGAGCGACAUUGACGAAUGCGAUUUAUUGGUCCGUGAGGUUCAACUGUUCUACCAAUUACGGUGUUUGAUUUAUGAUGCCGUGUGGGUGUGUUUUGUGUCCGGAAAUUGACCAUUUCGUCUGUGUGAUUCUGCGGUUGGGUCACUCUACCGUGUUCUGUAAGUUGUAACCCCCCGUUGCGCAUCGAAUUGUGUUGCGCCGGCGCGACUGCCAAUGAGGGUGCAUUGAAACCAGCUCACCUAUCGAAAAGGCGAUGUACCAGUGGAGGUUGUAAGACCGUUGUUUCGUCCAAUGCCCAUGUUCUGUUCCCGUGGGGGUUUGUGCUGCCACAAACGCUAAAUAUAUACCUGUUUAUCUUGA